GAUAGCUUGGGUAUUUGUGGUGAAGCUCAAGUUAAUAGCAAGUACCUCGUGCAUUCGAUAAUUUGCAUAAAUUAGAGUUGGAAACAUGAGUGAGCGAUUGUGGUUGGGGAUGGACUCGCAUUUGAAUACUGAGAUUGCCUAUUAAUUUGUGGAUAAACAAUACGUACUUUAAGCUUUUUGAGGGGGCGGUCAUCGUACACCUGUCAGACAGAGAUAGGAGUUAGCUAGAGUCCUGACCUGCUUCUGCAGUUUGAAUAUUAUAUCAGUUGUUUCUGGGCCAUGUGUAAGUUUUUCGUCUCUAGCUGCAUUCACCAUUUAAUCUCAGAUAUUCUUCAAGACUGAGCUUACCUCUGGAGUGCUCGAGAAUUCAAACCUAGCAAUGCCCACAGGCCAGAGAGCAUGACUCACACAGAUAACGGGUAUUAACCCCCUGUAUGCCAGAUCUCUGGUGGACCAGUUUGACUCUCAACCUUGGAAACUGCACCAAUGGCGUAUGACCACAUGAGCAAUAGAUUUAUUAUUGGAGGAGUUGUGCUUUUGGUGUCUGGCUCUGUUUGUUUUGCCUGGUGGAGCGACGAUCAGCUGCAGCCCACUAAAGUUCCAGCAACCUCACCAAACCCAGAAAUGGUGGCUGCUCCCCAGAGAGCCUCUUCAAAUCCAUUACUGAAGUCAAUCAGCAUUUUAUUCUGUUUGAUUGGAGCAGUUCUGCUCUUUUUUGGCCUCUUGCGGACUAUGAAAGUAAAUAGGCAAAUGUCCAGAGGUUACAGAGACUGGAAUAGAAUAAGAUUGUACUCCAACGCCCUGGAAUGGAGAGCAAAAUACAGGCCCAGUGGACCAGAUAAUCUUCGAGUUCCUUCAUACAUCGAGGCUCUCAACAGUAGGCCAGAGGUGAUGGUUGUAUCCAGUAAUCCUCAGAGAUCACAACAGUCCAAAGACCCAGAACUCCCUCCGUCGUAUGAAACAUUAAUGGGAAUCACCAGGGUUCGGCUCAGCCCCUGUAGACGCUGCAUGCCUGACGGUGAUUUAUCACAGACAGCGGUGGCUCAGAUUGUUCUUCAGCAAGAAGAGCGGCCAAGCUCCCUAACAUAUACCACGCCACCUCCGAGCUAUGAGAAUCUCCAUGCACAGACAGAGCAAUAACCGUCUGCAAGAACCGGGAAGUGGAGGACAAUCGAUACCCUUUGUCACCUCAUCCCUUUAUUCUUUACGUUUUGCCCAUAAAAUACACAGUCACUACACUUUACAGUAUAUUACAGGUGGAGGCUGUUAUAUCAACCCUACUCUCUCUCGUCUUCGCCCUCCUCUUUGUCCAUCCUCUCCUAAUAGAAUACAUCAUAACUUCCAUUUCCAUGCACUUUGCAGACUUUCAGUUUCAUUCACAGUUCUAAAGAUAGAGUUAAGGGAGACAAUAUCAUUCUGGGGAUGUUCACAACCCCAGGGAUUUCACUCCCGGAUUGCUUUGUAGGAUCUGGACAUGUAUAGGAAAAGGUAUUUUGGAAGAAAUAAUUAUUCAUUUUGUGAAAGUUCUUUACAAUUGUGAAGAGCUUUGAUUUUUAAACAAAAAUAUUAUGCUCAUAAUUAGGGAUUCAGCUACAGAUGGAAAUAGAUGAUAUACUCUUCGCUGUAACUAUUAUUAACAUCUUUCGGAAACGCUAAAAUUGGAGUUAUACUCCUUCCUGGCCACUAAAGGAUGAUCUGUCCUCCCUCUGUUACAGUCCCUGAUCUUAACAGCUGUUUUAAUGUGAAUUAAUUUAAGACCCAGCAAAUAAGCACCUUCAAAACUGGUGCACAAAUCACCUUUGACUCUGAAUAUACGUUGUUUCUUAAUUUUUCAACAUGUUCUUUAACAACAACAACUUGCAUCUGUAUAGCCCCCCUCAAGCAGGGUAGUAUCCCAUGUUCUGUACUAACAAAGCUGCAAAUGAUGUAAAUUGCUUUACAAUAAACACAUAACCAGAUAUACUGUACCUGACAACUUCUUGGAAAGAACAUUCUGCAACAUGAGAGGACAGUCACUGAGAGUGAGACCAUGCAAUAUACUAUGUAUAUGUAGCACAGGAUAAAAUACAUAUACACAAACAGAAUAAAUAAAUAUGGAAUUGAUAUCAAUA